GUUAGACUACUCUAGAGUCUUGAUACUUUUCUUGAGUUGCUGACUCGAUAGUGGGUGUAUGGCACCAUGAGUGAGCUGAAAUCAUUUCUCUACAGCUUUCUAGGGAAGAAGAAGUUAACUCCCGAUUAUGACAUUCGCAACUCUGGUCCAAAACAUCGCCAGAGAUUUCUCUGUGAGGUUCGUGUUCCGACGUAUUCUUACGUCGGCAUCGGCAACUCUACCAGCAAGAAAGACUCUCAGGCAAAUGCCGCAAAGGACUUUCUCAAUUUCCUGGUCCGGAGUGGGGAGCUGAAUAGUAAAGAUGUCCCACUCUUGGAUGCUCCUGUUGCAUCCAUGUCUAACGAAGGACCUUCAUCAUUGCCACCCGGGAUGUCAGCCCCUCAUCAGGGUCUUGGAAUGGGUGGAGGCCCUGGAGACAUGGGAGGAGGAGGAGGUGGGGAACAUGGAGGGAGAGAUAGUCACGAUGGGAGUAUGCCUUCAUAUCAGAGGAGUUUCUUCGAGAGGCAAGGUGACAAACGAAAACUCGAAGAGGCUGAGGGAGCAGACAUGAAUGCAGGUAUCCAUGGCAACUGGACAAUUAGCAACGCUAAGUCCCGCCUCCAUCAGUACCUUCAGACCAAUCGCAUCCAAGCUGAUUAUAAGUAUACACCUGUAGGUCAGGAUCACAACAGGUCCUUUUAUGCUGAAAUGUCCAUCUAUCUCGCAUCAAAGCGACGCACAAUCCAUGCCCGAGAGCAAGGUUCCAAUAAGAAGACGGCAUCGGUGUCCUGUGCUCUCUCAUUGACUCGACAGCUCUACCAUCUAAAGGAGAUUGAAGCAUUCACCGGGGAACGUAAAGCAAAGAAAGCUGACUCGCUGGAACCUUAUGAUGUGUUGCUGAACAAAGACGUUGAAGAGAGGCUGACCAAUGUCUUGUUUGAGCUGAAUCUCAGCACAGUCCCACCCUCACACAAUCCUGAAGAGGUCGUGUCGAUCAGCGGGGAUACUGCCAACCAAGUUUUUGACAAUCCAGAAGGACCAAGAGGUUGUUCUGGAGUCUCCUGGUCUCCUCCCAUGAACAACUGGAACCCAUGGCUCAACUGCAAUAUCGAUGAAGGGCCCAUCGCUCAUAUGUCCCUGGAGCAGAUUAGUUCAGAGCUUGAACGAGAACAUCAAGGCCAGCAACAGAAUCCUGAAUUUAGAAAGAUCCAAGAUGACCGGCGGUCUCUACCCAUCUUCCAGUCCGAGAGGGAGAUCUUGAAUGCCAUAGACCACAACUCUGUAGUGGUCAUCCGAGGGAAUACAGGAUGCGGUAAGACCACUCAGGUGCCACAGUUCAUCCUUGACAGCUACAUCCGCUCAGGAAGAGGAGCUGAGUGCAAUAUAGCUAUCACUCAGCCUCGUCGUAUUAGCGCCAUCUCCAUCGCUGAGCGUGUUGCAUUUGAACGUAACGAGCCUCUGGGUGUCAGUGCUGGAUACUCUGUUCGUUUCGACACUGUGAGACCCCGCCCCCUUGGAGCCAUGCUCUUCAUGACCGUAGGUACAUUAUUGAGGAAGCUGGAAGCAGGUCUACGUGGUAUUUCUCAUGUUGUUGUUGAUGAAAUUCACGAGAGAGAUCUCAAUACUGAUUUCCUGUUGGUCGUACUGAGAGACAUGUUGAAAGCCAACCCUGGGAUGAGGAUCGUUCUCAUGUCUGCUACCAUCGACACCACCAUGUUCAGUCAUUACUUCAUGGACUGCCCCGUCAUAGAGGUCUUUGGAAGAGCUCACCCUGUACAAGAGUACUACUUAGAGGAUGUUGUUCAGAUGCUAGGCUUUGUACCCAGGCUUGAUAACAGAAGAAAGAGAAGGGACGAGGAGGAUGAUGAUGGAGAAGGGGAGGAGAAUAUGAACAAGACUAUCAGCAACGAGUAUUCCGAGCAGACCAGGCGAGCUCUCAUGCAGAUGAGCGAGAAGGAGAUGAACUUUGACCUCAUUGAGAACCUUCUAACCUACAUUGGUACGUUGGGUGUACCUGGAGCUAUUCUCUUCUUCCUGCCUGGCUGGAACUGGAUCUUUGCCCUCAUGAGACAUCUCCAAGAACAUCCUAAAUUUGGUGGGCGUGAUUUCUGCAUUCUUCCACUCCACUCUCAGAUUCCAAAGGAAGAACAGCAUCGAGUCUUUGAUACCAUGCCAGAAGGAGUCACCAAGAUCAUCCUAUCAACCAACAUUGCCGAGACCAGUAUCACCAUCAAUGAUGUUGUCUAUGUGGUGGAUAUUUGCAAAGCCAAGAUGAAGCUGUUCACAUCCCAUAACAACAUGACUAACUAUGCCAUUGUAUGGGCAUCCAAGACCAACCUUGAACAGCGAAGAGGUCGAGCUGGAAGAGUUCGGCCAGGCUUCUGCUUCCAUCUCAUCAGUCGCCCAAGGUUUGAAAAGUUGGAGCAGCACACCGUUCCAGAGAUCUUCAGGACACCCCUCCAUGAACUGGCCCUCACCAUUAAACUCCUCAGACUGGGUACCAUUGCAGAGUUCUUGGGCAAAGCCAUUGAACCACCCCCGCUUGACUCGGUGGUAGAGGCUGUAGCAGCUUUGAAGGAGAUGCAUGCAUUAGACCACCAGGAAGAGCUCACUCCAGUAGGCCGUAUCUUGGCUAAGAUGCCCAUCGAACCACGUCUUGGAAAAAUGAUCAUCCUUGGCUGUGUUCUCUUUGUUGGUGAUGCGAUGACGAUCGUAGCCAGUAGCAUGUGCUUCCCGGAGAUCUUCAUCACGUUCGCAGGCAAGGUUAGUAACAUCCAUCGUAACUACUGCCGUAUGAGACACAGUGAUCACAUAGCAACGCUUGCUGCAUUCCAGGAGUGGGAGGAACAGUUGCAAUCUGGAGAGGAUACUGCUAUGAACUACUGUGAUCAUAAAGGAUUGCAGAUGAUGACUCUGAGGAUGAUCUAUGAAGCAAGGAAUCAGCUUAAAGACAUCCUGGUUAUGGAAGGAUUCCCAGAAGAAUGCCUCGCCCCUCAGAUCUUCAAUUUCCAAGCCCCUGACCCAAAGCUGGACAUUGUCGUGUCUUUGCUGACCAUGGGACUCUGGCCAAACGUCUGCUUUCACAAGGAGAAGAGGAAGCUACUGACCACAGAGAACAAGGCUGCUCUCAUCCACAAGUCAUCGGUCAACUACUCCAAGUUUGACCAGAACUUCCCUUCUCCGUUCUUUGUCUUCGGUGAAAAGAUCCGAACCCGAGCUGUAUCAGCUAAGGGUAUGACCAUGGUAUCUCCUCUCCAUCUCCUUCUGUUUGGAGCACGUAAGGUGGAAUCUUGUGAUGGUAUCAUCAAGCUGGAUGACUGGGUCCAACUGAGGAUGUACCAUGAAGCAGCAGCUAAGGUUGUAGCCCUUCAUCCUGCCAUAGAGUCUCUUAUCUUCAACAUGACAUCCAACCCAGACUCGGUGACCACACCAUCUCCUCAGGAUGAGAUGCUAAUCAACAUCAUCAGAGCGCUCUCAAAACCCAACGCGGGUGUCUUCGGGAGCUUCGACUCUGGGGAUAACAUGGGACCUAGUGGUGCCAAGAGAGGACGAUUUUCCUUUUCCUCGCCUGCUGGCGGACAAGGAGGUUUCAGAGGUGGCCGUGGAGGCGGUGGCUUCGGUGGUGGUGGUCGAGGUGGCUUUGGCGGUGGUGGUCGCGGAGGUUUCGGAGGCGGUGGCGGCGGCUUCAGAGGAGGUAGAGGGUUUGGAGGAGGAGGAGGACGAGGUUUUGGAGGUGGUGGUGGCGGGGGUAGACGAGGUUGGAACCGAGAGGGAGGAGGAGGCGGAGGCUUCCGGGGAGGUCGCGGAUAUGGAGGAGGAGGCAGCGGUGGCUUUGGAGGUGGAAGAGGAGGUGGAUUCGGCGGCGGUGGUGGCUAUGGAGGCAGAGACAGAGGUAGUGACUUCGGUGGUGAUGGUGGGAAUGAUUUUGGCCGAGGAGGUGACUCUGGAGGCAGUGGAAGCGGGUUCGGAAGUGGCGGCCGAGGAGGCUUUGGUCGCGGUGGUGGAGGAGGAUUUGGUGGAAGGGGAGGUGGGUUCGGAGGGGGUAAUGAUGGAAAUGGUGGAGGAGGAUCAGGCUCUGGUGAUGGCGGAGGUUAUGGGGCCGAAGGAGGCUGGGGUAGUGCCUCCUAAAUGACCAAGAUUCCAUCGAUAGAUGUAAACCACCGUGUUAUCCAGGUCUAAGAUGAUGAUGACGAUGAUGGUAUUUGUUGUAAUGUAAAAAGGGAUUGUAGACAACUUAUGUAGUAAUAGUCACAUUUAUUGAGGAUUCUUUCAUUGUGAUCUGGUGGUGGGAUAUGCCAUAACCUGUUCAAGGUUUCUUGGGAAUGUGGAUUAUUGUGCAGGUAUUUCUAGCUUGCACCCAGUAGAAAGAGGUCGCACAAUCAAGCUCUAAUGCUCGUAUUCAAAUUGAACAUGAGAUUUUGUGUACUGUGUACACGCCAGAAAUGCCUUCACCGUUACAGUCUGUAACCAUGGCUGUACUAUCUGUCGCUCCUCUUCUCUAUGAAUUUAGGCUGUGUAUGUAAUUUGUGUGUUGAAUGAACUUCAAGUGUAACAAUGUAUUAUAUGGUACUUAUUACAUUCUAGAAAGAUAAGGUUACUUAGUCCAACAGGUUUGGCCAUCAGCUUGGAAUAUUACUCAUGUUCUCCCAGAAGUUGGCAUUUUUAUUACUGAAUAGAUUAUAAUUGUGCAUUUUCAAAGGCCUAUUUUUACCCCAGAGGUAUAUUAAGAUAUGAUUUGCUGUUAAUCAGAAAUUAAUCUCAAUUAAGUUUACGGGAUUUAUAUACGCUUCAGAUUAUUUCCAAUUUGAGUAUCAUGUCCAAAUAUCAUAUAGGAAAAGAAUGAUUAAAAUAAGUCAUAUCAUGUGCUUAUAGAACUUUGAACCAUUCUGCAUUUGUCAUGAUAAAAUUAGCUUUAUCAUUUUCAAAUUAAUUCUAUUUGUCAAUGCCAAAUCAUUUUCUGUUGCAUAUAAAAUUGGUUGAAUGUAUGUACAAAUCUAUCACAUAAGACAGGAUAUCAUACAGUUUUUGUUUUUUAAAGAGUGUAAAACGUAUAUGUGGCAUGACUUACAGGGAAGAUUAAUCCAAUGGUAAGUUGUUUUUAUAAAAGCAAAAAAAGGGGGGGGGAGAGAUUCGAUGAAGGAUGGUUUGUAUGUUAAAAACCAUUCAAAAAUGAAAGUGUGAUUUUAUUGUUGUCAAUGUCUCAAUUUUUGAUGUGAUAUGUGAUUAGCUGCUCCAUAUAUCAUGUAAUAUGAAUUCCAUGAAUUUACAUUUUUCGUGUGUAAGUCUUUUGUAAUUUCAGUAAACACCCCCCCCCCCUCCCCUCCAU